AUCACGCUCUGUAAUCACUACUCACAGUAACCUCAACUCUUGCCACAAUGUACAAAGUACAACUCUUGUCUUGCAUUGCACUAACUCUUGCACUCCUUACAAGCAGUGCACCUACUUCAAGUUCUACAAAGGAAACACAGGAACAACUGGAUCAGCUACUGCUGGAUUUACAGGUGCUUUUGAAAGGAGUUAAUGAUUAUAAGAAUUCCAAACUUUCCAGGAUGCUCACAUUCAAAUUUUAUAUGCCCAAGAAGGUCACAGAAUUGAAACAUCUUCAGUGUCUAGAAGAAGAACUCAAACCUCUGGAGGAAGUGCUUAACUUAGCUCAAGGCAAAAACUCUCAUGGGGGAAAUACCAGAGAAUCAAUCAGCAAUAUUAAUGUAACAGUUCUGAAACUAAAGGGAUCUGAAACAUUCAUGUGUGAAUACGAUGAGACAGUUACCAUUGUAGAAUUUCUGAACAGAUGGAUCACCUUUUGUCAAAGCAUCAUCUCAGCAUCGAGUUCAUAAUUAAGUACCUCCCAUUCAAAACAAAUUAGACUUUUUAUUUAUUUAAAUAUUUAAAGUUUAUAUUUAUUUUUGGAUGUAUUGUUUGCUACCUUUUGUAACUAUUAAUCUUCAGAUUAUAAAAAUGGAUCUUUUAAGAUUCUUUUUUGUAAGCCCUAGGGGCUCUAAAAUGGCUUCACUUAUUUAUCCCAAAGUAUUUAUUAUAUUGAAUUAUUAACUAUAUGUCUAUGUAGCUUAAUUAAUAAUGUUAUUUAAUAAAGUUGGUGAAUAUC